AUGUUGAUUUCUAGCAAUAAGUCAAUCGUUGUGAGACGAGUUUUUGCUGAAGAUUUGGACAAUGAACUCUGGUUGAUUAAGGCUGCAAUUCUGAGGUAUCCUUUUGUAUUUAUGGAUACUGAAUUUCCAGGGACAAUUUUUAAACCAAGUAAGCAAGUGGCUUGUGAAGAUAAUCCCGUUAUUAAUUAUCAUUAUAUGAAGUCGAAUGUUGACGCGCUUCAAAUUAUUCAGCUCGGCUUGAGUCUUUCGGAUGCUCAAGGUAAUUUGCCGGAUUUUGAUUCUCCCUUUUGUUAUGUUUGGGAAUUUAAUUUUAAAGAUUUCAAUAUCAAUCGAGACCACUAUGCUAGCACUUCGAUCGAGCUACUCAAACGUCAAGGGAUAGAUUUUGAGAAGAAUAAAGAGAAGGGGAUUGAUUCUAGAGAUUUUGCAAAGAAGCUUUUGGAUUAUGGUUUGGUUUUCAACUGUUAUGGUUUGAAUGGUAUUACUUGGAUUACUUUUCACGGCGCUUAUGACUUUGGAUUCAUGCUAAAGAUUCUUACUCAAAGUCCAUUGCCCUUGGAUCUUCACUCAUUCGUGUAUCAAUUGGCUUUUUUCUUUGGCUACAACGUUUUCGACCUCAAACACACAUUCAAAUUAUUAGGGUUGCUAGGUGGUUUAGAGAAAAUAGCUCAAACAUUAAACGUGACUCGUAUUGUCGGAUCAAGUCAUCAAGCCGGGUCAGAUAGUCUACUCACGCUUCAAUGUUUUAUGAAGCUCAAGAGUAAGAAAGUUUUUGAAUCUAUAUGGAAUGAGACGAAUCAAAUACUGCUGACUCCCUUAGCAUUAUACGGACUAGUUCAAACCAUAGGAUGA